AUGUCACAAUAUUUACCAUCUUUAUUCUCUUUAAUUUUGAGAGACUGGAAAAAGAAACCUCUUAUAUACAAAUCUCCACUACUAUCUGCCUCGAUUUUUGAGUCACUUGCUAUCGAAAUCCCACUAAAAAUUCUGUGCUUUCUUAAGGGAAAAAUGAACAGGCCAGGAGAUUGGAACUGCAGGUCAUGCCAGCACCUGAAUUUCCAGAGGAGGGACUCAUGCCAGCGAUGUGGAGACCCCAGGCCCGGCGAAAGAGGUGACUACGGAAGUUUAGGUGGCGGACGAGCUGCCUUGUCCUUCGGCUUCACCGGCCCAGAUGUAAGGCCAGGCGACUGGUACUGCACUGUUAGCAACUGCGGCGCCCACAACUUUGCCAGCCGCUCCAGCUGCUUCAAAUGUGGCGCCCUCAAGGACGACUGCUCAGGCAGCGGUGGCGGAGGAUUUGAUAGUGAAAUGUCUCGAGCUCGAGGGUUCGGGCUCGGAGGCAGCAGCCGCUCCGGAUGGAAAUCUGGGGACUGGAUUUGCGCUAGGUCAGGGUGCAAUGAACAUAACUUUGCAAGCAGGAUGGAGUGUUUCAGGUGCAAUGCACCAAGGGAAUCCAGCAGCAAGUUUUCCAACUAA